AUUGCCGCCAGUAUUUUAUAGAACGGAGUCAGUAGGUUGUGGCCCUGCUCCAGGUGCUCGUCGUCCGUCGCAGUCUCGUGUUCACCGCACUCUUUGCCGGUCACCCGUCGGUCCCGCGACAAUAACAUUCACCGUUUGAAAAUACUCUCAAGCCCUUUGGCUAAAAGUGAUAUGUGCUACUGAGAAUACCCGUCCGACGUAACGUAGAAAAGGAUUUUUUUUUACAAAACCAAAAUCCACCCGACGACUUUUCGCAUAAUUUUCUCUCAACGUCCGACGCGCAUAGCCAUGAAGAGUCUCGGACUCGCCCAGUCGUUUGCCAUUUGCCUGUGUCUGUGCCAGUGUCUUCUUUACCAGGGAGUUUUGGCAGUCAGGGAUUCUGCGUGUCCAAGAAUAUGUCCGCAAAGUAGUUCGGAAGAGCCAGUGUGUGGUUCUGACGGAAUUAUAUACUCAAAUAGUUGCGAGCUGAAAAAGAAGACUUGUGGCAAAGGUGUGACGGAAGCGGAAAGCCCCACGCAAUGCCUACGAGCUUACGGCUCGAAUUGCGAGCACCGAUGUGGCAAAGAACAGGACCCUGUUUGCGGUACGGACGGUCGAACUUAUCUGAACCGGUGCAUGAUGCAAGUGGAAAUAUGUAGAGUCGGCACAUCCAUGUCGCACCUCGGCCCUUGCAAUAACAUUUCAGCCCACCGAGAGAACUGCCCGGUUAGCUGCGAACAGGCGCCAUUGGACGGCCCCGUGUGUGGAUCCGAUGGUAACGUUUACAAGAACACUUGUCAAAUGAAAUUGUUCACUUGCGGUCAAGGUGUAGUGAGGACGUCAAAGAAACACUGUCAGACCACAAGGCAUUGUCGCGAGUCUUGCUGGCGUGUAUCUAAGCCUACUUGUGGCUCGGACGGCAACAUCUACAGCAACGCAUGUCGAAUGAAAUCCAAAAACUGCGGUAAGCACGUAUUCGAGGUGCCUAUGGCAUUCUGCUUGACCCAAGAACGAAACCGGGUGGGCUCCUCGAACGCUUGUCCGGUGAGUUGCGACAAAGAAAAGGAACGAUUGACUUGUGCAUCCGACGGCAACGUAUACCGCAACGAGUGCGAAAUGAAAAUGUUGAACUGCGGACAACAAAACAAAAGGAAAGUGACCAAGGUGGACUUUGACAAGUGCAAGUCCAAAAUCAACAAGUGCAACAAACUACAAUGUUCGGAUGAAGUCGAUCCAAUUUGCGGUAACGACGCUCAAACGUAUAAGAAUCAAUGCCACCUGGGAGUGGCCACGUGUCUGAGAGGAAUACAAAAGUCGCACGUGGGUGAAUGUGCGUCGCUACUCAGCGAAACGUGUCCAGUGGAGUGCGACAAUGUACGCGAAGAACCAGUGUGCGGGUCCGACGGUAACGUUUACAGAUCAGAGUGCGAUUUAAAGAUGAAUACUUGCGGUCAAAAAGUCGUUAUCGUACCGCCACAUCAUUGUCCCACGACCGCCCAGUGCAAUCAACAGUGCGAUAAAGUCAAACAGUUCGUAUGCGGUUCUGACAACAAAUUUUACAGAAACGAAUGCGAAAUGAAACGAGAAAACUGCGGGAAACACGUUUACGUAGUGCCAAUGAAGAGGUGUCUGUCGGGUUUCCAGUUCAAAGGAUGCCAGCGAGUUUGCCCACCAUUGUAUGAUCCGAUUUGUGGCACUGACCUGAAGACGUACAGUAAUGACUGUUUCUUAGAAAUGGAAAAUUGUCGGUCCAGGUCGCUAGUCAGCAAACAGUACCACGGCGUGUGCGGGCAGCCGGUCGAGGAGCCCAAAAACUAUCUCUACUGAUCUUACUAUACGUAUCAGACGACUUAUGCAUCAACGUCAAAAUAUAAUAUAAUUACAUAAAUAUUUUAAUGUCGCCAUUAGAGCUAUACUUGUAAUAUUUUAUAAACUAAUAUUUUAAUUUUGUUUAACUCAGACAAAAAAAAUCAUUGUAAGAAAUGUAAUACUUGGCAGGAGCAACGCACACUCCAAUGGUACAUACGCCGUACUCUAAACAACCGUUAUUAUAUUCGGCUAAUAAAACGCGCAAAAAUCAAACAAACUUUAAUAUAUUACCUGAAUUAUUAGGUUAUUAGGAGUUUUGAAUAUUAUUUUUUAAGUCUUAUUUAUUUAUAAUUUAUAUUUAUAAAUGUAUCACUACAGUCUACAACUGUGCUGUUUAACAGACUAUUUAAGCACUAGUCUAACAGCUUUAUAGGUAGUCUAUAGUCAUGAGAUAUUGAAAUGUGUGUCACAUCUGACACCAUAUAAGUGCCAAUAUGAUAAUGUAUAAAAAUAAAUUAUUAUUUGUUUAUCUAGUAAUAAUAAUAAUAUUAAAUAAAUACAUGAGUUGUAGAUACAUUGA